UCAGUUUUAGUCUAACUGUCUUCCCCACAGCUGCAAAACUAAGUGCAGUUUGAAGCAAACCACUGUGAUGAUGUUGUAAUUGGGAGGGGCGGAAUUCUGAAGAGAGCUCUUCAACAUCCAACACAGAAACAACUCAGUCCCUGUACCUUCCCGAGAGAAGGAGGCAGACAGAGCGAGAGGCACGUUCACUCUGGUCUCUUUCGGAGUUUUUGUUUUAGUUUUUCUUUGAAGGAAAGGAGAGGAGCUUUAUCCUUGGAUUCUCUAGCCCAAGAACUCCUGGAAUAACGUCUAAAGGACAAGUCAACGUGACCCCCUCCCCUCCGGGAGCUGCCUGAUGUUCCAGUCUGUUCUGGGGAGACACUGGCCAGUUCGGUUAAUGACAUCAAACAGGUUAAACCCAGGGCGAAGGAAAGACAAAACUGAAAUCAACACUCGUCCAGGAGUGAGAGACCUUUCCCUGUAGAAUGUUGUCUCCAGAUUCCCCCAGCUUCAACACAGACACCGUUUAAGAGCAGGAUGUCCAGCAGGUGGCGCUUUCACCAAGGUUGGAGCUUCUGGAACUUUCUCUGCCAUUUGGCUAUUUUCACAAUCUGUCUCGAUUGCACAGCAGUGUUGGGCUGCUCAAAAUGCACAGAAACUUUAACCGGUCCCACAGGACAGUUCACAUCCCCUUGCUUCCCCCGGGAGUAUGUUUCUGAUUUAAGUUGCAAGUGGACAAUCCGAGCCCCUCCUGGAUUUAUCAUACAGUUGACCUUUCACGAGUUCGAGUUAGAGGAAGCACAAAGAUGUCUGUACGACUUAGUAUCAAUAAACACUGGGGCUGAGCUCAUAGAAUUUUGCGGUGUCACGGCUAAGGGCCUCACGUUGAACUCUACGGGGAAUCAAAUGAUUGUCACGUUCAAGACUGACUUUAGCAUCCAAAAGAAAGGAUUCAGGGUCUCCUACAAACAAGUGGCAGUCUCACUGCGGAAUCAGAUGCUGGUGUUGUCGAAGACCUCCCAGAAACACGCCGUUGCAGUUUCCCCUUCUAUCACCAUCCCAGAGCUGCGGCAGUUCACAAUAUGCCUGGAGGUCAGGGGAGCCAAGGAGGAGGAGAAGUGGACGUUGUUCUCAUACACGGACAGCAGUGACACGGCACAGAUCAGGUUCAAGAAGGAGGGCGAUGACAUUCACCUGGAAGUAUCCGACGUGGAGUGUAACAUUAGCGAGCUCUGGAUUAAGCACUUCUCCGAAGAAGUGAUCACUGAUACUUGGCGGGAGCUGUGCCUCGCCUGGAAUGGCACAUCUGGCAAUAUCAUCAGCCAAAUGCAAGACAAGUACCAGCUCAACCCCUGCCCAGCAUCACAGAACAAGGUCAUUGCGGGCAGUGGUACCCUCUCACUGGCACCAAAAGUGACUCCAACCAGAAACACCUACACGGGUGACCUCUACAACGUCCGACUGUGGAACUUCAGCAUGUCCAGUCAGUCACUGCUAGACCUAACCUGUGAUGAGAAAGGGAAUGUUGUGGACUGGGAGAAUUCGUUUUGGGAUAUUCCUGUUGGUGUGCUGGAACCCAACAGUGACCUGAGCUGUGCUACUGCCUCACCUACCCAGAUGACCAUCAAACCCACCUACUGUUCAACUCCAGGUUCUGGCUGUCAAGUGACCACACCAUCCCAUUUCAGCACUAGUAUCACUAACACGCAUGGUACUAACAGCCCUGAGCCCUCCACUGCUGGCACAAACCCUCCACUCUCGGAAAUCACAUCGCCAGGAACGACAGAACCUGCGGCACCCAGGGGACUUUUAUACAUGACGCAGUUUACGGUCCAUGAUGAGAUUGGGGACAUGAACAUAGCAGAUCUGGAGCAAAGAAUAUCAAACUGGGUAAGUACUCUCAGUUGGCCUUUUCUUAGUUCUUCUGCAGCUAAUGGACCACCAUGCUCAUUUUGUGUGUCAGUAAUAGCCUCCUCAGUAAGGCCUCCCUCUAUCACCCCAUCACUACUCAUCUGGAUUCUUCAAAACAACAAAACUGUACCUCGCCGCAUUUCCAGAUCAAUUGAUUCCACAAGCUAUGAAUGCGUGGCCAUCUUGUAUUACAAUAUUACCAAAAAUGUCUACCUUGAAGAAAGGAUAGUCCAAGAGAGGCUGAGAAACACAUCUUCAGGCAUCGGAAAUAACCUUUCCAUAGAGUCCAUUCAGGUGCAACCUGUAGUGAACUGUUCCUCAGAAGAAAAACCAGCCCAAUAUAUUUGGAAAGCAGCCAGACCAAGGACCACCCAAUAUCUGUCCUGUAUCGCAAAUCAAGAGCAAUAUGCAAGCAGAAGCUGCCUUUUAAACAUGCAGAACUACACAUCUUUCUGGGAACCGCCUGACCUGAGAAACUGUUCGCUGGUUACAAACAACAGCACCUUGGAAAACCUUCCACCUGUUUCCGCAGACAACGCGGCAGAGGUGGCCAGUCAGCUCCUCGAUUUCUCCGCGGAUGGGAAUCUUACCCAGGACCAAGUGGUUAAGCUGGUGGAAACUCUGAAUCAGAUAGUGAUCGUGUCGGACAUCAACUCCACAUUGGCAUCCACAGUGCUGUCAGUUCUGUCCAAUAUUCUUUCAAGCUCAGAUGAGGCACUGGCCACAUCUUCCCAAGUAGCUUUGAGGACCCUAGAUGCAUUGACGGUCAAGAUGAUCUUCAGUGGGUCAUCAGUGAGUAUCAGCAAACGAAACGUAGCCAUUGGGAUCUCCGCUGUCAACUCCACAAAUUACACUGGCACUUCCUUCACUGUGGGAUCCCAGAAUGGAGACUCGGAGCUUGAGCCAAAUUUUAAUGGGGAUCCACAUGGCGAAGCCUUGGCAGGGAUCACGUUACCACCUGGCCUUUUCGAGCAUCUGACAGCCGAUGAGCUCAGUAUGGUGUCGAGGAUUCAGUUCGCUUUCUUCAGUAAAACAGGACUCUUUCAGGAGGAUGUUCGGCCACAGUGUGCCUUCUGGGAUUUAACAUUGAAGAAUGGCAGCGGUGGCUGGAAUAUUCAAGGUUGUCAAGUGGAUUCCGAUUCCAGUGUGAACGAAACCAUUUGCCUGUGUGAUCACCUCACGCACUUUGGAGUCCUUCUGGACAUCUCAGGAACUGCACCACAAAUAGAUCCUCUGAACACAAAGAUUCUGACCUUCAUCACUCAUAUAGGAUGCGGUAUUUCAGCCAUCUUUUCAGCAACUACGUUGUUAACAUACGUGGCCUUUGAGAAGCUGCGGCGGGAUUACCCAUCCAAGAUUUUGAUGAACCUGAGUACUGCACUUUUCCUCCUAAACCUAACGUUCCUGCUCGAUGGCUGGAUUGCCUCAUUCAACAUUCCUGGAUUGUGCAUUGCUGUUGCAGCGUUCCUUCACUUUUUCCUGCUUGCCUCCUUCACCUGGAUGGGAUUGGAGGCUGUUCACAUGUACAUAGCCCUGGUGAAGGUCUUUAACACAUACAUCCGAAAAUACAUGCUCAAGUUCUGUAUCAUUGGAUGGGGUUUACCAGCAAUCGUGGUGGCAAUUGUUCUAGCAAUCGAUGAGGAAUUCUAUGGAGUGAAGCCAUAUGGGGAAGAUUCCGAAAAUGGAGGCUCCGAAUUCUGUUGGAUCAUUGAUCGUAUUGCGUUCUACAUCAGCUGUGUGAGCUAUUUUGUGAUCGUCUUCCUGGUGAACGUAGCCAUGUUUAUCGUGGUGCUGAUGCAGAUUUGCGGAAGAAGUGGCAAGAAAAGCCACCGGAACUUGAAGGAGGAAGCCUUGCGGAACCUACGAAGUGUCAUCAGCUUGACCUUCCUCCUGGGGAUGACCUGGGGCUUUGCGUUUUUUGCCUGGGGGCCAGUGAAUUUGGCUUUCAUGUACCUGUUUGCAAUCUUCAACUCUUUGCAAGGCUUCUUCAUCUUCAUGUUUCACUGCGCCCUGAAAGAAAACGUACAGAAGCAAUGGAGGCGCUAUCUAUGCUGCGGCAGAUUUCGACUACCAGAAAAUUCCGACUGGAGUCGAACAAUCACAAACAACACCAAGAAAGUGAGCUCCGAGAACCUGGGCAAAUCGCUGUCAUCCAGUUCCAUUGGCUCCAACUCCACCAGCUGGACAAGUAAAUUUAAGUCUGGUUCCAGCUUCUUUAAAAACAGCAGCAAGGGCGGCCUCUUUGCAGCUGUGACGUCAUCGAAGUUUGACCAUCUGGAUGCCCAUCAGGACCCCGUCUUUCCCACCCAUAAUGUCCUGGACAAGGUCACGAGUCAAUACCCAACUCACUCGGACAACUUCUACAAGAACAUCAUGAUGUCCGACAGCUUCAGCCACAGUACGAAAUUCUGAUGACCGAAAACCAAACACACGCAAGGAAUGUUCCAGAAGGAGAUGGGCCCAGAGUUGUGUGUGUGUGUGUGGAUGUAUGUAUGUCUGAGUCUGAUAAUAGAUCAUGGGUCACUCGACACAGAUGAAUGGUGGGAAAGGACAGCAGGAAGAGGUGGAGAGAGUGGCACCAAACGUGCUGUUAUUAUUUGGGAGUGAAUUGGAGGAUGGAGAUUUAAUACAGCAGUCUAAAUGAUAUUAUUAACCAAAUAGGCAUUGGCUAACUGGUUUAUUGAUAUCAUCUAAACUCUGGAAGCUAAGUGUGAUCGCUUAUAUUGUCUCUAUCUAGUAGUUUUGUGUGUUGAAGUAAUUGGUACAGGUCAGAUUACAUGUGGAUUCCCAUUCUGAGACUGUUGGGUCAUACAGUGAACAUAUCAGUUCUGCGAUCUAAGCUUGAAUGCAGCCCACUAUCCUAUCCCCACCCUCUCCAACCUCCUUGCUCUUCCCCACCCAGUUGUCCUUCCCUGUGAGAUACCCAUUUGAAAUGAGAUUGUGAGGCUUUGGCCCUGUUUCUGCUGUCCUCAGAGCUCACUGUAGGGAAGUUUGCCAAUGGUUAGACCUGACUUGACAGUUUUCUCUCAGAGAGGCCCUGGGAUGGGGAGUGUUUGCACUGAUGCUCGGAAGUUAAAAGUUCCCCAGCUUCUAGUCUGAGCCACGAGGUAGUGCCAGAGGGGAGGGCACUUCAUUCUGUUGCCCCUGAUUUCUCUGGAAUCGAUUGUCACAGGCCCCAGAAUAAGAAGGAACACACCACCCUGAUAAAUACUAUGAACAAUCACCAAUAAGGAAUGACAGCUUGGACUCAAGAAAGAGCUGAAUUAGAAUAUUGAGAUAUCUGUGACACAGUUUGUACAGCUUCCUCAUGCCUAUAACAAGCAAAAAGAGAAUUCAUAGUGGAGAAACACGCCAUUCGGCCCAUCCAGUCCAUUUUUGGGUUUAUACUCCACAUGAGCCUCCAGCCACCCGACUUCAUCCAAGCUAUUGGGUCAAAAUGGUAGAUUGAUACUAAGUGAACAGGAAGGUGGUAGUAUUUACAGCAUAUUACAGUAAUCAGAAAAGAAGGUCUAUGUGCCACCCAAUGCAAAGGGCUUUCAUUCCAAAGGCAAGAGGUUCAGUUGAGAGCUGGGGUUCACCCUGGCCGCCAUUACCUCAGUCAGUUUUGGUGGGAAGUGACUGGUUGGGGCACAGGGAGAUGCUGUCAGCAGAGUAAGGAGUUGCUUGGCCUUGGGUACGGUGAGUGGCUGGGCAAAAACAUUGCUGAUCCCAGGUUUAAGCAACUCAGUUCCAUCGUGAAGGCUGGGUUUGGGAGAGCGAAAUAAUCUAGCUGACCCAUCAAGAGGCUGGGGUACAGGCUUGUUAGUAGGCACGACUGGCUUUCCUUUUCUGAAUCUGGCCCCAUAUGGUACGCCUGACUGCCUCUGCAGGAGCUCACAAUCGUAAAACAGGCUCCUCUGAUGUUAAGCACUUUCUAUGAUUGAGCCCAGUUACCAGUUCAGGGAGCAAGGGAUAUUUUAUCGUUAUCAUGAUCACCCAAAUUUAGCUGUGACUCCAUUUGACCUCAGAAGGUACAUUAGAUCCAUCACCAAUGUUUGCAAACGGAUUUGUCAUGAAAUGCUUGCAAAUACUCCAGUAUGUUCACCUGUGUCUUUUUUCUGGUGGUGUGUUUCCAGCUUUUUUUUCUUGCCUGCAGUACCACCAGCAACCUGGCAGUGGCGAUGGCACCAAUUGGAACAUCAAUGGGUGUUCAACACACCUUCAGAAAGCACAUGGGAAUGCAGCAAUAUCAUUGAGCUCAUUGUGGUUGGGACAGUGAGGCGAAAGGGAGAAGUUGGACUCACCUGGACACCACCUCUGGUCUAGGUCUUACAAGCCUGCAGUCUUUAAAGCAGGGAGUAAAUGUGAUCUUACAGAGAGCAACAGGGGAGUGCUGGAAACAUUCAGCAGGUGUGGAGAGGGAAACAGAGUUAAUGUUUCAAGGUGUUGCCCAAAUGUCAGGCCGCUCUUGAGAUGUUUUGAGGAUGAGGCAGAUGUAAAACCUUGAUGUACUUGACUUCAUUGACCUGGUCUGUGUGUGUGUGCGUGUGUGUGUGUGGCUGCACAUGGCAGCAAAGGAGGACCGUAAAAAUUAAUGGCACACUUACUUCUGCAAUAAGGAGGGGCCGUUCAGUGGUGAGAUAGUAUUGCCUGUGGUAUAAGGUGCCAUCAAACAUGUCAACUGUCUCCAUGCAAGAUAAUAUUCUAAAGGGAUGCUUGAAAGGUUUACCUUUUGACCUUGCCCAACAGAAAAAGGGCUCAUGUUGGUUUCAGUAAUCUAGAUUUGUUGCAAAUUGACAAUCACCGCAUUAGCUGUUUGUUCUGCAAAGUUAAGCACCUUUACUACUGUGUAGUAAAUAAGGUAAAACAAAAAAUACUGCAGAUGCUGAAGGUCUGAAACAAAGCCAGAAAUUGCUGGGGAAACCCAGCAGACCUGGCACUAUCUUUGGAGAGAGAAAGUAGAGUUCAUGUUUCGAGUCCAGUCUGAAGAAAGGUCAUACCUGACUUGAAACACGAACCGUGUUUCUCUCUCCAUGGAUGCUGCCAGACUAGCUGAGUUUCUUCAACACUUUCUGCUUUUGUCACAGUCUAAGUCCUUCCGUAUGAUGUUCCUAUGUGAUUCUACAAUGUGAUUCCCCCCUCCUGACCCACUCCCUCCCUCAUUGCAUUCUGUUGACAUUUUGCUGAUGUUAGUCUAGUCAUUCCUGUAAAUAUUUAUUUAUUCUCGUCCUUGUCAAUGUUGUUGAGUAGUUGCCAUGCCAUUUGUAAGUGUCAAGGUAUUUUUAACUCUGUGAAACCAUUUUGAACUGUUCUGAUUUUCUUUGUUAUUGUACAAAAAUAAAUAAAUAAAAGCUUUACUCAUUAAUGCCUUGAAUAAGGAAAGCGAAAGUGCUAUCGCCAAAUUUGUGAAUGACACAAAUAUGUGUGGAAAGGCAAG